AUGCCGCCUCGCAAGCGCUCAGCGAAGUCUUCAGCUGAGGCGCACUCAUCGAAGAAGCAGCGCGACGAUAGGGCUCAACAGAGAGGUGCGGUUCGAGAACAAGCCCAGCGCGAGCAAGGUCUUCGCGAUCAAGCUCGUCUUGAUCAAGCGCUACUUGAUGAGACACGCCGCAAGGAGUCCGCUGCCGCCGAAGUCACUCGUCAGAAAGCUCUUCGCGAAAACAUGCAAGUCUCCAGCUCAACAACAGAUCUUCAAAAGCUAAUGCGUCGCUUUAGUAACAGCCUCAAUGCCGUCAACUCGCCUCUUCUUCGUCUACCAGCUGAACUGCGAAACAUGAUCUACGAUUGCGUCUUCAGCGGCGAUAGCUUUUUGUUUGAUCAGUACUGGUUCCCCGGCAGGAGGCCGAAUGGAGUAGCGCUACUUUGCUCGGGAGCGUACCAAAGCCACACUCUUGGUUUACUACUCGCCUCUCGACAGCUUCAUGACGAGACUGCGCUACAUCCUUACAAGCUCGGCGUCUUCGAUUUCUGGUUCGAUGAAGACCACUACGAUGAAUAUGAUUGGCCUGAAAAGUUCCUGGACCACGUCCAAGGGGAUUAG